GAGAAAAAAAAAAGAUGAGGCCAGUCGAAAUUGCAAGCACAGGUCAUCGAGUGACCAUUUCAACCGCGCAGGCAGCCCAGACAACCCAUACAUGGAUAAGAGUCAAACAAACAUAAGAAAAGGGCCUGCUGCGUAUUUGGAGCACAGUACCACAGCUCUGGCGAGACUUCCGGAGGUACAGUUGUAUGCAUCGUCUGCGGGCUUCAAGACCUUGUCGAUGCAAAAAAGUGGACAGGCAGGGUCAACACCCUGGACAAUGACCAGCCAGGUUCAGAAAAUCCCGUCGACAAAGAAGAGGGGAGGCAGGGCGUCACACACUUUCCACUGCCAUGGGAGAACAGACGAGGACGGAAAAAAAGGGUUUAACCGCAGCGGCAGCCGCCGUUUUCAAGCGCCUCUGGCCAACAAGAAUGGAUCAAGUGAGCGCAAAUUCAUCCAUGAGGGGCUGAGCCCAUUAGUGAGCGUGCGAGUAGGGCAUCUGUUCUGCCGGUAG